GCAGCAGCAGCAACGCCAGCAGCAGCAGCAGCAGCAACAAUCAGCAACAUCAGCGCCCUGUGUGCACCGACAAUAAUAUGAGGAGUGGCAGUUCGGAAUUACUACUCGAGCAGCAACAACAAGAGCUACGGUUACGUAAAAUCCGAGAACUGGCUCCGAAAAAGAAAAAUGGCAAUCGGCGCUUUCGUUCGUGGCGGGAACGUGCGCGUUUCUAUGGCACCUCGACACUGGCCUUCUUCUCGGUGACCGCCGGGGCAUCGCUGCUCUUCCUCGUACCGCUCUAUGUGGACCCGGCGAUAUCGACGCUGAGCCACGAUUUUAUCGAGAAGCCAACGCUGUGCACGACGACGCGUCGCGAGGAUCUAGUGGGUAUAUUCAACUGCUCGUGGAGUUCGUGUCGCGAGGGCUGCACCUCCGAUUUGUACCGCUGCGUGCAUAUCUAUGUGACGUUCAUUGAGCAGAACAUUACGAUACCGGAGAAUAUGACCGAUUAUAGCAACUUUACGUCCGAUAUGGAGCAGUCCGGCGAGGCGACACUGCUCGUCAAUAUCAAGGGAUGCGGCUAUCCGCCAUCGGUGACGUGCAAGAACUUCAACGGUUACUACGGCAUCGAGGGUGCCAUCUUUCCGUGCUUUUACUCGCGGAAGAACAAGACGGUGGUGCUGACGUCGUACAACCACGACGACCAGGUGGCCAUGAUCAUCCACUUCUUCGCGGUGCCCUUUGUGAUAACGGUCAUCUCGUCCAUCGCCCUCUGCAUCAUGCACUGCGACUGCCGCUGCAAGAAGGAUCGCAGCCACCGCCGCAAUCGGCCGCAGUGCCGAAGGCCGCGCAUCGAGAAUCUCAGUGAUACUUCGAUAUCAACGCGAGUGGAUAUGCUCACGCCUGCUAUUGAAGUCUACAAGCCGCCCCUCUGACACAAGGACGACACUGUGGAGAGCAAUUUAGGGAAUCCCUCGACGAGUAGCGACUUCUAGCAGAACCUGAUAACGAGUCCUGCGGAACUAGCCAAGGAUAAUCUAUUUGUUCUUCCAACAUAGUGUCGGCCCAAAACGAACUUCGAAUGGAGAUGAAAGAUCGGCGGAUCGGUAGUUGGGUGAUGGCCAAAACGAAGUGAAGAUACGACGAGCGAAACUAUCAGUGGUUUUUAGUGCAACUAGCCGAGCAGAAAUGAAUCAGAUUAAUGAGACACAAAAGGACAUAGACAGACACACAUAAAUUAAUAAUUGAUCCAACUGAAUAAUUCCUAAGAUUGAUUAAAUUUAGUUACUUUUUAGCGUAAAUGAUUUUUAAACCAGCCGACGCCGGAGGAGAAACCAACAGAAGUGUUAAUCGGUUAAUGAAAUAGAUCGAAGUCUAGUUUUAAGCUGUGGCAGUGGCAAAUGUAUUUGUAUCUCUAGCCGCGUAUGCAACAUAUAUGUAUGUGCAUAUAUGUACAUAUGCGAAAUUUGGCAAUGUGUAAAUUUAGUUUAAAAUGUGAAGAAUCAUUACGGAUGUAAAACAAUGGCUAAAUGAGACAACAAAAACACACCUAAACAGAAACCGAAACAGAAAAUGCAAUGAAUAAUUUUUGUACUGCUGAAAGAGAAACGAGAAAGUGGAAAACAUGAGAACAUUAACGUUAAGUGUACAAUUUUGCAUUAGGUAAUGAAUAAGUUUGUAAUGCAUUAGUAAUUAAAUACAAUAAAAUGUUCAGCUAAUCACAUGGAAAGCAAAAGCAACCCAAACUACAAAUGCAACCAACAUAAAAAACAAAAAACGAAGUUACGAAUAUGCAAUUGGAAAUAUGCAUUCAAAUGGAAAUUCGGCCAGCGGCAAAAAAACAUUUUACGCUUCGGUUAAUCGCUCCACACAAAUGUAGACACGCCACGCCUCAUUUUCUAUAGAAUCCGCCCGCCCACAUUAUAUAACACCCCCACCCAACCGACCAUCAAUCGCUUUUGGUUUGCGCAGUAGAAAUCGGGUUAUGAACGCUCGUCUUAGACGACAUUCGUAUACCCUUCACGAAGUGCCCCAAGUUGAGAGAAUUUGGUCAAAUUUCAAUCGGGAAAUUUCUCUUAUUUUCAUUACUCAUUGGUUUUUUUUGGUCGACUAAAUAAACCGAAUCUUUGUUGUGUACUGAAGGUUAAAAUGUUUAAAGGAUAAUUCAAUAAUGAACGUUUUUUGACUGUGAUCAUUUGAAUGAUAUAUAGAGGAAUAUGAUAUUAUUGAGUAUUGUUGUUGACAACAAAAAAUUACGAAAAGCAAUUAACUUCUCGAUCAUGAUUCAAUCAUCCGCCAUCCAUCAUCAAUCAUCAAUCAAGGAGCACGCCAGCGCACAUUUCGCCUAGAAGUUGCUAUACAAUUGCCCAUCAACUAGCGUAGUGUAGUUAGAUCGCAAUCCCACUUGGCAUUAUGGCAUUAUAGCAUUAUGAUUCUCUUUAAUUUCGAGGCUGAUCACACACACACACACGCACAGACACUCACACACACAAACACCCCAUCGUGCUUGACAAUAUUUAAGUUCUAAAGGGAGUUUUUCAAUCAUUCCAUCUUAAGGACAUUGACACGCUGCGCCCAAUUUGUAACUAAACCCGCUUAUUCUGUUCCACAUUGAGAUACAGAGGCUUUGAAAAAGGACGAAACGAGAUUGGAGACAUUAGGGGAUAUUGAAUGUUAACAUUUAUUUGUAUAAGCUGCAGAACAUUGUUGGAUUUAGAGGAACCUGCAUAGUUUUUUGAUAUUCAUGUAGAUACAUGUAAAUGCCACUCACUAAACUUAAGAGAACGAGGAUUUAAAGCUACCGAUGGCAUCAAGGAUAAUUGCAUUAUAUUUGUAAUAUCAAACUGUUCAUAGUUAAGACGAGCCUAGCCACAGGAUAACAAUUAAAGCCAGAGAAACACACACAAAUAACAACAAAUGUAUAUAAGCUGACUAGAAAAUUGGUAAUGGAAACUUUUGAAACCAAAAAAAAAAACGAAAAAAAAAGAACAAACCAAACGAACUCAAUGAAGCUACAACAAAGUGCAUAUAAUUUUGAUAGUUAAGCUAAUUUUAAUACAUUUUUUAAGAUACAGCAAGAGGGCAAAGGUACUACGAUACGAUAAGUAAACCAACAAAUAGGAAAAUUCAAACCAACUGAGGAGAAGCCGUGAAAAUUAUUCCAUUUUUACACACCCUCGUUAAUUGGUUUUGUUGUUACCGCAGAUAAUGCAAUAAACAUUCGCGUAUUUCUUACUAUUAUUGUUAUUAUCAUUGUUGUUAUAAUGGCAAAUUUGAAUUCGAAUUGUGUGCACAAUGAUUUUUUAUACACCGCAAAUUGGCUUAGUCAGUGCAAGGAAAUUCGUUUUUUUUUCAUAAAUUCGAUCAACUUAAAGCCUGUCCGGCAUUUUGAAGCGGACACACACCACACACACGCAUUAAACAAUUGACAUUAAUUUAUACCACAUAUAACGACGAGAGAAAUAAUGGAAAAUAAUAGAACUAGAACGCAUAUUGAAUUAUAAAUGAGACAUACAUAUUAUUGAAAGAAAUUAAAAACGAACAUAAGAAAACA